CAGGGGAAUAAUCUAUCCAAUCGGAUACGAGGAAAGGACAAAGGAAAGAGUUCGCGGCAAACUACCGAUUUCCGGGAAGACUCGGAACCAAACAAAUCUGAGAAAAGAACAAAGUCAAAUCCGUCAAACCAUGUGCUUUCGAAAAACGUUUGGGUUCCGUCGUAUCGUCCUGAUUUCGUUCGUCAAGCCAGGGUGUAUUAUUGCUUGCAAGGUGAGUGAUCUUUUCGCUUUUCAUAUUUGUAAUGGAUUUCUUAAAAGGUGUUUUCUCAUUUUGCCACAGCAUUCGCACUGGGAGUCAUUCCGGCCGAGUGAAAGGUUUUGAAAGAUGCUUUGAAUUUGUAAAUCGACUGAAGCUUUCUCGGCGCCAACACGAUCACCGCCCGGCCAUUUUGCAAGUGCUCAGGACGCAAAAUAAGCUUUAUGAGCCCCAUUUGGGGAAUGCAAAGUCCCUUCGGGGAACAAUUGAGCCCCAUUUGGGGAAUGAAAAGCCCGUUAAGGGAAUUAUUAAGUCUCACUUGGGGAUUACAAAGCCCAAUGCGGGAUAUAAUAUGCCCUGUUUACGAAAUGGAUUUGGCAGAAGAUACAUGUAUUUCACUACACACGUGAAAACAUCUAUCACUAGACAAACAUGUGCGAAAGCUGUGGCGAUUUUAUACAGAGGAGUGAAACAUAGAACUAGUAUUCUUCAUGAUAAUAACUAUCUAAGCAUCGCUAUGAACAGAUCUUUGCAUACAGUUGUAAGGUAUCAAUGCUUUCAAAAAUUGGAAUCCUUCAUCAAGAUGAAUCAAUUGCUCCUUCACAUUUCAACUGUCCAGCAUUUGAAGAUUUGCUAUUUCCUUUGCACUUCCUAAGUGCAACUUGUGAUUUUUCUAAGAGAAUUUUCAUUUGAAGCUUUUUUGUUUUGAAGAAUAUAUUUUCAACGCACAUAGCAGCUCUCCUAUCUGAUCGUCUUAGUUCAGAUUUACAAGUGUCGCUAUAAUGAACAUUAGCUAGUCUAUCUUUAUUUUCUGGUCGACUUUGACCAAGGAAUAUACCAGGAUAUGCUAAUUCUUCAGAAUAUUGAUCUCUGAAUAUACUUAAGGGCUUGUUUCCCUCUCCUGGUGCAACAUUUAAAAUACGUUGAGGCAGACUGUCUUCAAAAUAAUGUGUGUUGGUCAACAUGGUGUCAGUCUCCCUAUGUUAUUAGAAAUUUUGAAAUACAUUAUAUUGCUAUGAAACAAACUCAAAAGGUUCUUUUUCAUUUGCAGGCAAUGGAAGAACAAAAAGAAGAGAUUGUUGGUUUCUUACACAAUGUGUCUCCAACUAAAAAAAGUAGCAAGACAUCUUACUUUGACAUGUCCAUACAAACCACUGAUGGCUUAGUAAGAGGAGUCUGCUUCUCCGGAAGUAAACAGGAACACUUUGAUCAAAUGAGCAAAAAGAAAUCUCCAAUAAAACUUCGAAAUUUUAGAAUUGAAAGAGCAGGAGAUGCAACCACAGUACUGAUGAAUAACAAUGUACUGAGCCUACAAAAGAAAUACCUUUUUCAAGAAUUGAGUUGCCAAGUGCCAACAAUAUCCAAUCAAUUUCAGCUGCAAACACAAAUCAAAGUAUCACCAUCAAAGCCAAACUUAUUCAGAUGUCAUCAACAAAAAAAGUGA